AUGGCGGAACUGGGGAAGAAGUACUGCGUGUACUGCCUGGCCGAGGUGAGCCCGCUGCGCUUCCGCUGCACCGAGUGCGCCGACAUCGAGCUCUGCCCCGAGUGCUUCUCGGCGGGCGCCGAGAUCGGCCCGCACCGCCGAUGGCACGGCUACCAGCUGGUGGACGGCGGCCGCUUCACCCUCUGGGGCGCCGAGGCCGAGGGCGGCUGGAGCAGCCGCGAGGAGCAGCUGCUGCUGGACGCCAUCGAGCAGUUCGGCUUCGGCAACUGGGAGGACAUGGCUGCUCACGUGGGAGCAUCCCGAACACCUCAGGAGGUGAUGGAACACUAUGUGAGCAUGUACAUCCACGGCAACCUGGGAAAAGCCUGCAUCCCUGACACCAUUCCCAACAGGGUGACGGACCACACGUGUCCCAGCGGCGGCCCGCUGUCCCCCAGCCUGACGACGCCGCUGCCGCCGCUGGACAUCUCGGUGGCCGAGCAGCAGCAGCUGGGGUACAUGCCGCUCCGCGACGACUACGAGAUCGAGUACGACCAGGACGCCGAGACACUCAUCAGCGGCCUCUCGGUGAACUACGACGACGACGACGUGGAAAUCGAGUUAAAAAGAGCUCAUGUGGACAUGUACGUGAGGAAGCUCAAGGAGAGGCAACGGCGCAAGAACAUCGCGCGAGACUAUAAUUUGGUACCGGCCUUCCUGGGUAAGGACAAAAAAGACAAGGAGAAAGCUCCCAAACGAAAGAUCACAAAAGAAGAGAAGGAGUUGAGGCUGAAGCUGAGGCCUUUGUACCAGUUCAUGUCUUGUAAGGAGUUUGAAGACUUCUUCGAGAACAUGCACAAGGAGAGGAUACUUCGAGCGAAGAUUCGGGAGCUGCAGCGGUAUCGGCGAAAUGGGAUCACCAAAAUGGAGGAGUCGGCGGAGUACGAGGCAGCCAGGCACAAACGGGAAAAGAGGAAGGAGAACAAGAACAUAGCGAGUUCCAAGAGAGGGAAGGAAGAGGGUAAAGAAGGUGAAUUUGCUGCCAUUGAAAACCUGCCUGGCUUUGAACUCUUAUCGGACAGGGAAAAGGUGCUCUGCAGCUCUCUGAACUUGAGUCCUGCACGUUAUGUGACUGUAAAAACUAUCAUCAUUAAAGACCAUCUCCAAAAAAGACAAGGAAUUCCCUCCAAGAGUCGCCUUCCCAGUUACUUAGAUAAGGUACUGAAGAAAAGGAUUUUGAACUUUCUGACAGAAAGUGGUUGGAUAUCCAGGGAUGCUUCAUGAAAUCCAGCUGAUCUGAAAAAACACACCAGAGGCCCGUUACAGGCUAAAGAACUCCGUUAUGUUUUCCUUCCCUCCCCAAAGAUACAGAAACCAUGUUGCUUAAAAACACAAAACAGCAAAUACAUAAACCCCCACAGUCAUCAUGAUCCAUGGUGGUUCAAAUAGACUUUUGCUUUGGAUCAUGGAAAAUACUUAACUUGUGAAACUUCUACAUUGGAUUUCACUGCUUUUGGUACAUUAUUAGAACAGAUUUUUUCAUGUGAACUUACUCAAGUCUGGUAGUCCCAGAGUAGUCGCUUUAGUCCGUACUAUUGGAUAAACGAAUAUCAGUGUAAUCCUUGCUUUUCUCUGAAGGUAGGAGAUAGUUUCAUUUGCUGGAAACUUUCUUCACCCUCUGUUUUGCUUUUUUUUGGCAUAAUGCUGGCAGCAAAGUGAAGCUUACAAAAGUCCUGUGCUCAGGAGCAAGUGAGCGGGGGCUUUUGUGACCAUUGCUAAGCUUUAGGAGCGUUGUCCUUAGUAACUACAGCCAAGGCAUGGGGACACCGGGUUGGGAGUUCCUGUCGAGAAUACAGCAGGAGUGAGCCGUGGCAGGGAGUGGAAGGAAGGAAGGAAAUGUGGUAGGUGAGAUGCCUCCAGGGACUUGUGCUGGGCUGGAGGGGGGUUCUUGAAGAGCUCCCGGCUGAUCUGGGCAUUGCUUUGACCUGAGUUUCCUGAAACAGACCCCUCUGAAGCUGUGACCUUUCAUGCUUGGUACUGGAGUGUCAGGAAUCCCCAGCAGCUGUGGUGCUCUGCUCCAGAGGAGGGGUCAGCUACAGUGAGGUACCUGAUUUGGGCCAGAAAUGGGCUUUGGGAGAAUAGGCAGUGAGGUGUUUGGCAGAAGUUGAGAGCCUCAGGCAGCAAAAUCACCGUUUUUCCUUUUUGGGGAAGCCUGCUCCUCCUUCUUCAGGAUCUUAACUGUUGAACCCAUACGGGCUGAGGAGGUGUAGCUGCCUCCUGAAUUUCCUUGGGAAGUCAGGGAAAGGGAGUAAGAUUCUCAAAUGGGGCGUGAUUCCUGAAACUUGUCUUUGAAAACAAAAAUAACAAUUGAUGCAGAUUUGGUCAAAAUGCACAGAGUGUUCCUAAACAUGGAGUGCUUACUCCAGCCACUGUAGGGUUCCGAUUGCACAUACCUUGAAACGUGCCGGCCCAGGCACAUUGAAUCUGAAUUUACUGACAGAUAGAACUGUGCAUCUUGGGAGGGAUCUCCUCCAGUUCUGACAGCUGCAGCCUGGAGUGCUGCUGGAGCCAGCCACCAGCUGGGAUGUAACACAUCCAAAACAAAUGCCAGACCCACAGUACCGUUCUAGUGAGAUCUGUUCAUUAAGGGAAAGAUGUUGAAGGAGGAUUAGAAGAUUUUUAUGCCCAUUUCAUUCUUCAAUUCUCAUGCUGGUAUUUAACCAAAUGAAUAAAAAAGGGUGGUUGUCAUGUGGAAGACGGCACAGAGUUACUUGUGCCUAAGCCUCUGUGCUGGUUGUGUCUGGAGCAGGAAGCUGUGACUGAAGGCAGGCUGUGCAGGUCUUCUAGGGCGCAAGUGUACCAAAACUUGGAACCUGACUGGCUUCACUAUGAGUGCAAGAUCUGGAAAUGCCAUCUUGCUUUGAUGCUUUUGGGCUGUAGUCAGUGAGGAUACCACAAAAUCUUAAAACAGUAUUAAUUCUGCAGUUUGGCAGAGGUUUUCUGAUCAGAACUGGGUUUCAUUUAAUAUAUCCAGCAUUACCAAACUAGUGUUACCAGUGAGUUUAGAAUAAAAGGGGUACAAUUACAAAGCCAGCAUUUCUAAGGAAAAAAAACAAAACUCUAGUGCCUUUUUCUUUUGAGCUUAUGAUGUUAUGUCCCUUCAAAAAGGUAAGGGCUAUGUCCUCUGGGAUGUAAUACUUUGGCUUAUCUGUAAGUGGUUUGUGGCAUACUCAAGACAAACCUGUCUCUUCUUGGCAGCAGUAGAGCUAACUGCAAUGUGCUGAGUAGCUUUAAUAACCACUUCCACCCUAUAUGCAUGUACAAGCAGCACACAAGUUCGUAAGGUAUAAACCCUUGGUUAUUUUUUUGGUCCUGUUCCUCUGGGAAUGAGGCUCAGUCUUGCUUUUCAGCAUUCUAGUUAUGCAAUUUGGUUCUUCCUGUAACUUGUUACCUAACUGCCACAACAUGCUGUUAUGAAGCCUCAAUUCUGCAUGUAGCUGGGAGUUUAGGAGAAUUGUUUUAGUUUUGUUUCUUCUGGGGUUUUUUUCCCCUCAAACCUGAUUUUCAUAUUUCUACACUGUUUUGGCAUAUCUGAGUUAAACUGAAGCAAUAGCGUAAAGCCCUUCUGAACAAUAACUUAGGAAAAAAUCUAGGCACCACUGAGUCAUUUAAAUGUUGAAGUGAAUUCUGCAUUUACACUUUGUAGCUUCUUAAUUCCUCAUCCCCUCCAAAAUGUUUCUUUGGUGCUAGAUGUAACUUAUUGAACAUCAAAAUGAAUGUAAAAUAAAGUAUUUUUAAUGUAUGCAAUAUGGAUAUCAAUAUUUAUUUUGUACUUGCAAGUUAACUCAAGGUGGUAAAUGUUUGCUUUAGCAAAUACCAGUCCCUUGGAAAGGGCUUCCCUAGAAGCAAUGUCUCAUUAUCAGCUAUGCUUUUAAUUUUAAAGGUGACUUGCACUAGAGGAUGCUGCUGUUCCAUAUUUCACAUGGAACUGAUUUGGUCUAAGCAUUCCUUUGUUAUGAGCUGCUGGUUUUCUGUUUGAUUGCUUAUAAGCUGAGACGCAGUUAAUGCUAAUCGGGCAAUUUACUACAGCUGUGCUGCUUCUCUUCUGUGGUGAAGGGGCUGAGAUGGCAAAGAGCUCUUUCAACUUGUAUUUUGUGUUGAUCUGGAAGUGCUUCCUGUACUGUACAAAUAACCCGGCCUUCAUGUUGCUAACGACAAGGUGUUUUAUAUGCUUAAUGCUCUUUUCAAAUUAAAAUUAUUACUAAUGAUAGUAUGUUUUAACAGCAUUGAUGUAAGCCUAUGAAAAAGCAACACUCUCUAAGCUGUUUGAAAUCCUGAUCUUGUGCUCUGGGUCGGGGCUGUGCUGUGUGUCCCGUUCCACCGCUGUGGUGGAGGGAGCUUCCGUCUCCCUCCGUGUGCACUGCCCAGCGCUGGGCUCGGAUGCUGCAGUGUUCUGGCUACAGCCCCUCCUGCCCCUGAUCCGGGCAGGCCCAGCACGCAGUGAGAGCAGCGUUUGUCGCUCUGCACGAGUCUGUGACCAUGAACUGCCUUGGAGAUCACCCAGCUAAGCACUCUGCCAUCAUUCUCUCGUGCGGCCUCUGCAUUCGAUUCCUUUGCAACUGGAACUGGCUUCGUGAGCCUUCUGGUUUACUCCUCUCACAAAAUGCUUCUGUGUGCCCCAGACACUCCUAAGUGAUGACACAUUAAAGACUGUAAUGCAAGAUACCCCAUGAGCAUGUUCAGCUCAUCAGCUUCUUUCUUCCUUAAAGGGAAUGUUGCAUUCAUAUGAAGUUUACAUUUGUAGCUGUGCCAGACACACGAAUGCCUGUGCUGAAAUCACAAAGCCUAACUGAUGCGCACACAGCUUUUUACUAGAUUUUUGCAUUGUGUAUUGGUAAAUAAACUUGUAUUAAAGUUUCUUUCCAUGAUUGCUUUAAGAAUAAUGUUGCCUGGGCUAUGAGGAAAAUGGCUUAAGUCUUUUAAUUGCAGCUAAAUGUGAUGGGUGGAA